AGAAAAAGUAAUCGAAACCCAAAAGAAAGAUCCAUGUAUAUUUGAAGAUUGAAAAAGAAGGUUGAAGAGUGAAUGAAAAAUGGUGCUGUGGGAAAUCGCAUUGGGAACGGCUUAUUUCUUGGGACUUAAACGGGCCUACAAGCUUGCUUUGAAGAUUCAGCGACGGAUUAUUAGCCCUAAACGUCCUAGGAUUCGGCAAUUUGCUCAUAGACGAACACGAGCUGUAUUUGAUGUGGCACUUAAGGUUCACCGCAAUAUACAGCAGAGAGACAUAGAAGUUGGUCGGAAUCUUGGUAACUGGAUCCUCCGCUUGCUUGACAAAAUGAAACCUUCAGCUCAGAUCCGUCCUCAUAGCCACCAGAAAUCCCACCAUGAUGCUGGGAAUGCAAACAUGAACAUCCCAAAGCAGGUGAAUAAGUCAUCCUCGUUGAAAACUCCCAUAAGCUUGCAGACACCACGAAAUGGUGAAGCUGAUAGACGUCUGUUUAGCUCGUCGACGUUUAUGCUCUCAAAAUCACUCCCUACGAUUACAAUGAUGAUGCAGCCACCAAAGGCUGCUGGAAACAUGACUCAGUACAGGCAGUUGAGCAUCAAUGGACCUCACACACUGAGGUGGAACUACACUAGAGGUGAAGGAGUUAUUAGAAAGGAUAUAAUGCAAUGGAUGAUACGCAACUGAAGGUGAAAACACUUUUCUGUUUUGCAUUUAACUUUGGAAACUGUUUGGAAGGGGCUGUAUUUGGUUCUAUGUUUGGAGUUUGGAUUCUUAAAGAGGCUUUUUCAUGGG